AUGUCACUUCGCGCAAACGCGCACAAAGCAACGAUAAAGGAAUUGGAACAAUCUCUAGAAAGGUGCAGGAAGGUCAUGGAGACAGAGUUGCUAUUCAAAAUAUGUGACCAGAGUACUGCGAUAGAGAAGCAACAAAGCCAGGCAUUUUCUCAACUCGAACGCGAUGUCCAAGAUCUUAUCCGCAAUCUCGCGAGUGGCCAGACAAAGAUCGAGAACCUUGUUGCAGAACAAACCCAAAAAACGCGGAAAGUGCUUAGCACAAACAUUGCCGCCCAUUUCAAAGCUUCCGAAGCGAAGGCUAUUACAGACGCUCAAAGAGAGCGUCUAUUGAAGAGUCUCAAGCCAGCAGAGAUACGAAUGAGAUACAACGACGUGAUGUCUCCAUCAGAUGCUUCCUUCGAGAGGGUUUUUGCGUCAUACGAGCGGGUUUGUCGUAAGGAUUCUGAUCACAAAGACUGGAGAAAGAUCAAGAGGGGUUUCUUAAUUGGAAUUCAGGAAGAAACAGAAAAUGAUGUCGAAGAUUCUAAUGAUUCCAACAACACCGAUGAACACGACGAGUCUGACGAGUCUGAAGAUUCUGAUGAUUCCGAUGAUUGCGAUUAUGUGGAUGUCGGCAAUAUCGAUUGCAUCUGGGAGUCUUUCGGCGCAUGGCUCCAAUCAGACGAUCCUCUAUUUUGGAUACAAGGGAAGCCAGGAUCCGGAAAAAGUACAUUGAUGAAGUUCAUCAUUGAAAACGACAACACGGCGUGUCUCUUGGAAUCUUGGAAUUCCGAAAUGAGGAUCCUUUCAUACUUUUUUUGGAAGAUAGGACAACAAUCACAAAAUAGUAUCAAAGGGCUGUUAUGCUGUUUACUACACGACCUUCUUGACGGUGACUACGAGAUGCUAGACAAAGUUUUGGAACAUUUUUCAUUCUCGAGGUCGAAAGAUUUCUAUCAGGAGUGGUCAAGUGAAGAGGCCGAAAAGGUCCUUUACUUCCUUUUACAAAGCCAAACCUGUCCAACCUGCAUUUUCAUCGAUGGCCUUGAUGAAAUCUCUGAUAAAGACGGUUUCCAAGUGCUCAUUCGCGUCCUGUGGAGGAUAUGGGAGAUGCCUAUGGUAAAGAUUUGUGUCUCAAGCCGGCUUGAGACAGGACUUGUAAAGAGACUUGAAGGAAAGAAGGCUCAGAAAUUACGUCUGCAUGAUCUUACCAGACCCGAGAUGACAGUCUAUAUUCAAAAACAGCUGGCAGGAUCUUCAGAAGGAUUGAUAUCUGCCUCUUUGCUGCAAAAUAUUAUCGACAUAUUGCUCAGAAAGGCCGAUGGAAAUGGCGACGACGAAGAAUCCCUUAUGAAACGACUGGAUGAAUUACCCGAUGAGCUUGAGGCACUGUACGAGGCCAUGUGGUCCAAACUCAAUGCCAACAACAGGAUCUAUCGAGAAACUGCUGCAAUGUAUUUCCAUUGUAUGAUAGCCGAUGGAUGGAGCUUCCGGGGUACCGAUGCAUAUGAAAGGUCCAGGAUGUACAGGGAGACUCCAACCUUGGCCCAACUAUCAAUGGUGGUAAAAUUUAAGGAUGAUCAAAUGUUUCCCCCCAGAGUCAACAAUAAAUCUUUGCAUGAGCUGAAGCAGUUAUGUGACGCGACAGAAAGCGAUCUUAGUACUCGUUGCGCCGGAUUGCUCCAAAUUUCCGAGAAGUCUGUUUUCGACACCAGCCACAGGAAGGAUGCCUUUACAAGCGAAAUCUAUCCAUUUACUCGUUCGGUUCAGUUCAUUCAUCGCACAGCUCACGACUUUCUAGUUGAUACAAAACCUGAGCAAGAUAUCCUCAACUACUACAGUGGUAUGAAUCGAAUGGUUGAUUUACAGCUUAAGAUGUUCAAGUCUGAGCUUUAUCUCUCGGCAGUGUAUCACACAAUUGGGGUAACGGCAAUGCCGGACGAUGCCAUCGAACACUGUGUUGAACUCCAAAAGCAAGGUGUCAACGACAAGGCCAUGUUGCCAGUGCUUCAAGUCAUUCAAAACCUUUGGGAUCAAGACCUCUGUCUUUCUUGGAUGCUGCAAUCAGGAUCAUCUCAGGCUCCUACUGUCGCUCUUCGCGACAUAUGCAUUGAGUGGAAUAGUGCAGAAAUGGCAAGCCCCCCAACACAAAUGAUCCAACGACUCAUUGCAUCGGAUGCAGACCCACAUGCGGUUGGCCUGACAUCACCGUCACUAAGGCCGCCUUUCGACGAUGACGCGUGUUUUACUCAUGAAAUAUCUGCGUAUGAGUUGCUCCUGAGAGGCGCCUUGAACCGGUUCAGCCGUGGUGAUUACGACGUUUUACCGACGAUUUUAAAAGUCAUUGACAGUAUGGCACCGUCAUGCCCAGAAUACUGGCGUCGAAGAAUCAUAGUGAAUAUUUUCCAUGGAGAAUUAGAUUCUAACGAAUAUCGCCAUAUCUGUAGUUGGGAAUAUCUCUAUCCAACCCAGGGCUGGGCAACGUUCGAAGUGGAUAUGCAGUAUCUACUCAAUCGGUUACUAAUUGCUGUCUCGUCCUGCGGAAUACCAACCCAGGCAUACAAGGUUCACGAGAUUGCAAACUCUGCUGUCGAAUCCUACUCGCGUAUUCGUAAUAUUGUGCCGAGACACACAUACGGCGAUAAAAACCUCUUUUGCUGUCGUGUUAUCAAUCAAGUGCCUUGGGAGGGUUUGUGUAAUAAUAUGUUCGGACCAAUCGAUAGAACAGAGUUAAGUGUUAGAGACCUGCUUGAAAGGAGCUUUGACGAAAACCCCGAGUAUGAUUUUCUGCUAGGGAGCUACGAGCAGGUCUCCAUAGAUGACGAGAUAGACCAAUUAGCUUCCGAAGGCCUUGGAUUUUACAGAGAAGUCAGUCAAGAAGAUUAUGGCCCAAUAGAAUAG